AUGAUUGUGCCAACUGGGUUCAGGUUUAAUCCCACGGAUGAAGAGCUCAUUGAGAUAUUAGAAAGGAAAGUUUGUGGGAAACAAAUGCCUCUGCAUGACAAUUUCAUUGUUGAAACAAAUGUUUAUGAGCAUGAACCUGAAGAGCUUGAGUGGGGUCGCUCCAUGGCAGUACACAAAAAUGAGAGAUAUUAUUACUGCAUAAGAGAGAAUGAUUCCCGAGAAGUUUCAGGUCGAGGAUGGUGGAAAGCCACAAGCCAUGUCAAGAAGAUUUUUGCUAACAACGAAUGUGUUGUUGGUUACAAAAGACCUCUCACAUUUCAUAAGUUCACAAAUAAUAAAAGAAAGCGCAACAAAGCCAUCAAGACUAACUGGAUUAUGUACGAGUAUGGCCUCCAAUCCUACCCAACGGAAUGGAGACUGUGCAAGAUCAAGUACAAGGGAAAACAAACCAUGCAGGAAGAGCUGGAGAAUAUUCGAAAAGGUUGCAGAUUAAGCAAUGGUAUUAUUUCUGGAGAAAGUUGUUCAAUAAUGGAGAUGAAAUCAUCAUCUUCAGUAGUUUUUGUUGAUGAAGAAGAAGAGGGGCAAGGGCAACAGAUUAUGAAGUGUCUUGAAGAAGAGAGGAAUAAAAUAAUAACAAGUGAUGAUUUUAUGAAGAUGCAAAGAGAAGAUCGAGAGAUGAAUAAUGAAGAGGAACAACAAAUGAUGCUAUAUGCUUCAUAUAAUUAUGAUCCAAUCUUAACACAUAUUACAAGUAGUUCAAAUUAUGAUUACUUUGGUGAUUAUUAUUAUUAUAAUCAUCAACUGGAGCAAUUACCAUUUUCUGUAGAUGAACUAUUUCCUAGCUUUUGGUCUUAA